CUCUUGCUGAACAACUUCUGAAAGAAGGUGCAGAUGUGUGGUUCAGAGACGAGAAUGUAAAUAUUGUAAAAUUAUUGCUUCUCAAUGGCCAUGCUUGGAAUGCCAUCGAUAUUGAUGGAAUAACCGCUGGGGAGUAUGCCAAAC